GUGAAACAUGAAGAUGCUCACCUGGCGACACGUUUGGGGUUUUACUACACGCGGGGUGUAAUCGAGGAGGUGAAAUGGAUCCUUCUAGAAGAACCGAGAGCGACUGGCAAGGGCUAGUGAACGAGUUCCUGGUGUGUAAGAGAAAGCUGGAGAGUAAGAAAGAGGCGCUGCUGAUUCUGUCCAAAGAACUGGAUACCUGCCAGCAGGAGCGCGAUCAGUUUAAACUAAUGGCCAAUCAGCUGCGAGAGCGCCACCAAGGGCUGAAAAAAAAAUACAGAGAGCUGAUCGAUGGUGACCUGACAUUACCCCCAGAAAAAAGGACCCAAGUGAAUUUGGCACAACUGCUGCGUGAUGCUCAGGAGAAGAACAGGAAUCUAAGUGAUGAACUGAAAGAGCUGAACCAGCGAUUAGUAGAGGUUCAAGGUGACAACAAGCUGCUGAGGAUGACCAUCGCUAAACAGCGUCUCGGUGAUGUCGGAGAGGUCGGAGUUCGCCAUUUUCCGGCCCAUGAGAGAGAAGACCUCGUAUUGCAGUUGGAAAAAGCUCAAGAGCAGAACUCAGAGCUGGAGCAAAGCCUGAAGGCGGCGGUAGACGAGCUGCAGGAUGUCCGUGCAGAAAGAAACGUCUAUCAGGAGAAAGCUCAUCGUCUGAACAUCGAGCUUAACCACAUCCUGAGACACCACGAUGGCCGAGUCAUGGAUGUGGACGCUCUGUGUAUGGAAAACAGAUACCUUCAUGAGCGCUUUGUACAGCUUCAGGAUGAAGUCUCUCUCCUCAAAACUAAUUUAAUGAAGUACAAAAGUGCACUGGAGAGUAAGAAGAACUGUAAAGUGUAUGGCAAGGCCAACAGCAGUGCACUAACAGGAGUGCUCUCAGCUAAACAAGUUCAGGAGCUGCUGCUGUCCGAGGAGAAUGGGUGUAGUCUGCCCGUGACGCCGCAAUCCAUCAGUGACCUGAAGUCUUUAGCCACAGCACUGCUGGAGACGAUUCACGAGAAGAACAUGGUCAUUCAGCACCAACGCCAGACCAACAAGAUUCUGGGUAACAGAGUAGCAGAACUGGAAGGGAAGCUGAAAGCACUGGAGAUGUCUGGUGUGUGGAGUUUGCCUGGCCUUACCUAUAACGUGUCUGUUGGACUUGGGAGAGGAAGAGAUGUGAUCAUUCUGAGUGAACACCAGCAGGUCCAGACGUCGGUGGGAGAGGUGUUGCAGUUACAGUCCGGCUCUGUAGGCGACGAGGAGAUCGUGACUGGAGAAGAAGUGACAGAAGACACGACUCUCACUGCUGAGGAUGUUUCCAGACCUCAUCAUCAUCAUCAUCAGCAGCAGCAACAUCAUCAUCAUCAUACGUCGCUCUGCUUAGAAAAUACGCACACACCCAGAUCCAGCAGACAUCUCACUACAAAAACCAGCACCAGCUCUCAGAAGAGUCCUGUGGAGAGAGUGAGACAUGGUUACGAGCCAGAAACAUUAAACGAUAAUGAAGAUCUGGCAACGUGGAAAAAUGGGAGCACAGGUGGAAAAGAAGCAGAAGAUGCUGGGAAAGAGGGCGGAGCUACAGGCACAUGUUCUGAGGACAGUCCUGAUAUUCAGGACGGAUCAGAGAGAGACCUAACCAAUGUGUCGGUGUGUAAUGAGGACUGCACAGAACUGUCUGAUCCUAGAACAGUGGAGAGCACAGGGAACGUGACGAGUGAGGAAACGGAAACAAAAUGUCCAGAUCAAAGCACAUAGAUCACAGAACUCUUAAAGAAAUGCUGCAGUUAAACACACUUGAAGCUUCUAUGGGUUUAGCACAGUUUAUGCAGUAUUACCACAGUAUCUUUACUAAACAUCAGAUUUCUCCACAGUGUUCAAGCACAAACGUCUUAAAAAUACAAUUCUUUUUAUUUGUGUUUUUUU